AUGAAUUCCCCUGCUAAUGCUUUUAUAUCACAUUCAAAUAGUGAAUCUGGUCUCUCCAAUAAUGAAGAGAUUGUGUCUGUAUUUAUUCCUGUUGAAACUUCCUCUAUGAAGGAAGCUCGUCUAGAUAAAUUGGCAGCCCAGAUACUUGGGAGGUGCACUGGUAGAGUAUUGCCCAGGGUUCAUCUUGCACUCAUUAAGGUUCUUUUUGGUGAGGUAUUAUCAAAGCUCAGCAUUGACCCCAAAGAAUCAAAACCCAGGCGCGGGAGAAAGAAGGACACUGAGAGCCAUGUUUCAACAAAGGAAUUUAACUUUGAUAUGCUAACUGCUAACAAGUUGACUUGGCCAGAGUUGGCUAGAAGGUAUAUGUUAGCUAUUUCUUCCAUAAAUGGGUGCAUGGAUGUGUAUGAUAUUUCCAGUCGAGAAGGGAUGAAGCUAUUCCGCUGCCUACACGGUGAUGGUGGCAUACUGUGCAGAGCAGUACCUGGGGUUGCCGGCAUGGAGAAGGAUGCCCGCUGCUUCUGGAGGCGGAGAAUUUGA